AGCGCCCCGUCUCGUCGCAAGCAGCGCAAGCGUUGCCGUUUGAAAUUUAUUUUUCCCCCCAAAAGAAAUCACGCUCAUUCAUCAACGAAAAAUGUUCGCUUGAGAGCAGUUAUCGUCGUAUCCUUGGGCCCCCCGUAUCUAUCAAUAUAAGUGCUGCGUUGUUGGUUUUUCUCGUUGUUUUUGUAAGUUUUUUUUUUUUAUUUUGUUCAACAACAAAACGACGUACACAGUGUUUUAAAACGUUAUAUUGUUGGGACUACGGUGCCCCUAAAUACUGGAUACAACUUUCGUGAAUGACUGCCGAUAGCUGCUGAUACACCGAUUACGCACAACUGGCUCCGAACUUAGCAGCAAGCUAACCAUGGAUGACGCCCACUGCAAGACUGUGGACGAGGUGCUAAACUACUUUAGCACCGACUCUGAUAAAGGAUUAUCGCCCGAUCAAGUUAAGAGGAACCAGGAAAAGUAUGGCCUCAACGAACUGCCAGCUGAGGAGGGAAAAUCCAUCUGGCAACUCGUUUUGGAACAAUUUGACGACCUUCUAGUUAAGAUUCUUCUAUUAGCCGCUAUCAUAUCAUUCGUUCUAGCUUUAUUUGAAGAGCACGAUGACGCGUUCACGGCAUUCGUCGAGCCCUUCGUUAUUCUCCUUAUUCUUAUCGCGAACGCCGUUGUCGGUGUUUGGCAAGAACGUAACGCCGAAUCCGCGAUUGAGGCGCUCAAAGAGUACGAACCUGAAAUGGGAAAAGUUGUCCGAGGUGACAAAUCUGGUGUACAGAGGCUCAGGGCAAAGGAAAUUGUACCUGGUGAUAUAGUCGAGGUAUCGGUUGGUGACAAAAUACCGGCUGAUAUUCGUCUCACUAAAAUCUACUCAACUACACUAAGGAUUGACCAGUCCAUUCUCACCGGUGAAUCAGUUUCCGUCAUCAAACACACCGAGGCCAUCCCAGACCCACGUGCUGUCAAUCAGGAUAAGAAGAACAUUUUGUUCUCCGGAACUAACGUAGCCGCUGGAAAGGCGCGAGGCGUUGUAAUUGGAACCGGAUUGAAUACCGCCAUUGGUAAAAUCCGUACCGAGAUGUCGGAAACCGAGGAAAUCAAGACGCCGCUUCAGCAAAAACUCGACGAGUUCGGUGAACAAUUGUCGAAGGUAAUUUCGGUGAUUUGCGUCGCUGUCUGGGCGAUCAAUAUCGGUCACUUCAACGACCCGGCUCACGGAGGAUCAUGGAUCAAAGGUGCCAUCUACUACUUCAAAAUUGCCGUCGCCCUUGCCGUCGCUGCUAUUCCCGAAGGUCUUCCGGCCGUAAUCACGACUUGUCUUGCCCUCGGCACUCGUCGUAUGGCCAAGAAAAAUGCCAUCGUACGGUCACUUCCGUCCGUAGAAACCCUCGGUUGCACCUCCGUCAUCUGUUCCGAUAAAACCGGUACCUUGACCACCAAUCAGAUGUCCGUCAGCCGCAUGUUCACAUUCGAAAAAAUUGAGGGUAACGACAGCAGCUUCCACGAGUUCGAGAUAACCGGAUCGACCUACGAGCCGAUCGGUGAGAUAUUCCUCAAGGGUCAGAAGAUAAAGGGUAACGAUUUCGAGACGCUCCACGAGAUCGGAACGAUAUGCAUAAUGUGCAACGACUCUGCAAUCGAUUUCAACGAGUUCAAACAGGCCUUCGAGAAGGUCGGCGAGGCGACGGAAACCGCGCUUAUCGUUCUAGCCGAGAAGGUUAAUCCCUUCGGCGUUUCGAAGGCCGGCCUGGACCGUCGUGCAUCGGCUAUUGUAGUCAGGCAGGACAUCGAGACCAAGUGGAAGAAGGAGUUCACCCUGGAAUUCUCCCGCGACCGCAAGUCCAUGUCAUCCUACUGCGUCCCCCUGAAACCGUCUAAACUCGGCACCGGACCAAAACUCUUCGUCAAGGGAGCACCGGAGGGUGUCCUCGACAGAUGCACCCACGCCCGUGUCGGAACCCAGAAGUUCCCACUGACAUCGACCCUCAAGAACCGCAUUCUCGAACUCACCAGGCAAUACGGAACCGGACGCGACACCCUCCGUUGUCUCGCUCUCGCGACCGCCGACCACCCAAUGAAACCCGACGACAUGGACCUCGGCGACUCUACCAAAUUCUUCACCUACGAAAAGGAACUCACAUUCGUCGGUGUCGUUGGUAUGCUUGACCCGCCCCGAAAGGAGGUAUUCGACUCGAUUGUAAGAUGCCGUGCAGCCGGUAUUCGCGUAAUCGUUAUCACCGGUGACAACAAGGCAACCGCUGAAGCUAUCUGCCGACGCAUCGGCGUUUUCGGCGAGGACGAAGACACCACCGGAAAGUCAUACUCUGGUCGUGAAUUCGACGAUCUUCCUCUGUCCGAACAAAAGGCCGCAUGUGCCAGGGCCAGGCUCUUCUCCCGUGUCGAACCUGCGCACAAGUCUAAGAUCGUUGAAUUCCUUCAGGGAAUGAAUGAAAUCUCUGCUAUGACUGGUGACGGUGUCAAUGACGCUCCGGCCCUGAAGAAGGCUGAAAUCGGCAUUGCCAUGGGAUCUGGUACCGCUGUCGCUAAGUCCGCUUCUGAAAUGGUAUUGGCUGACGACAACUUCUCAUCUAUCGUCGCUGCCGUUGAGGAGGGUCGUGCUAUCUACAACAACAUGAAACAGUUUAUCCGUUAUCUCAUUUCGUCCAACAUUGGUGAAGUCGUAAGUAUUUUCCUCACCGCCGCCCUCGGUCUUCCGGAAGCAUUGAUCCCCGUUCAGCUCCUUUGGGUCAACUUGGUAACAGACGGUCUUCCUGCCACCGCGCUCGGUUUCAAUCCUCCAGAUCUCGACAUCAUGGACAAGCCCCCGCGCAAGGCUGACGAGUCCCUCAUUUCCGGAUGGCUGUUUUUCCGCUACAUGGCUAUUGGUGGAUACGUCGGUGCUGCUACCGUUGGAGGUGCUGCAUGGUGGUUCCUGUACAGUCCCCACGGACCUCAGAUGAACUACUACCAGCUGACGCAUCACUUGGCCUGCAUCGGCGGUGGCGAUGAAUUCAAGGGUCUUGACUGCAAAGUCUUUACCGAUCCUCAUCCCAUGACAAUGGCUCUCUCGGUUCUCGUUACCAUUGAGAUGUUGAACGCUAUGAACAGCUUGUCCGAAAACCAAUCUCUGAUCUCCAUGCCUCCAUGGUCGAACCUUUGGCUGAUCGCCUCGAUGGCUCUUUCUUUCACACUCCAUUUCGUCAUCCUCUACGUCGACGUACUAUCCUCCGUGUUCCAAGUGUGCCCCUUGACCCUGGACGAAUGGAUCACCGUAAUGAAGUUCUCCAUUCCAGUGGUACUUCUUGAUGAAACCCUGAAGUUUGUCGCCAGAAAAAUCACAGAUGUUUCCCCGACGGUGGUCGUGAGGAAAUAAGAUGGAAGAUAAUCGCACAAGUGAUUCGUGCAGCGACAGAGCGGACACACAUCGCGCAAUAAAACCUACACCAAACACCGCCGAUGCAAGGCAGACAUGGAAUUGACAAAGAAUGGGGGAAAAAAAUGAAGAGAAAUUCUCUGAAGAAUUGAUCAUUCUCUAUAUAUAAAAACACGGAUGGAUAUAUACAUAUAUACAUAUACGUAUAUAAUAUAUAUAUAUAUAUGUGUGUGUGUGUGUGUGUAUAUAUAGAAACAAGUACGCGUGUACAGCGAAUUGUCUAUACGCAGCAAUGAUUAUUAUACACGACGAUGAUGAUAAUAAUAAUAAUAAUAAUCGUCAAUGAAUGAUUCCAUUGAUUGCCUUCGGUGAUGCACAUAUAUGCAUAUAUAUAUAUAUACUGCACAUGAUAUAAUACAUAUAUACCUAUAUUUAUAUAUGUAUGUAUAUAUAUACGUACACAUUAUAUAUUGCCAUACGAAACUAAUAUUAACAGAAGUGUAACGCUGUGUACACGGUGAAGGUGGCAGGCGUUUGCUGGUUUUAAAAGCGGCAGAACAGUAAAUUAAUUCAGACACAUUGUGUAUGUUGCAGUGGGUGAUGUGGUCGUCGACAAGUGGGCCUAACCUACUGGUCCCCCACUGGCCUCGCGACUACUAUUCCGUUAUAAUAUCAAACAUCCCAUCCUGACAAACGUUAUAUGUGUGUUCAGCGACAGUACGAUAGAGUACGGAAGACAGAGAUAAACGAGGGGAGAAAAAAUGUUACAUUCAAGUCGAAGCCCUGGUACACGUGAUAUUGCAUUAGCGACAUCUUGGAAAAUUUAACAAUCGGUAUAUUUGAUAUAAAGAAAAUUGAUAAGCGAACAAUCAAAUGAAACGAAAAGAAACAUCAAGGCACGCACACACACACACACACACUGACUCACUCGUUCAUAUGUAGUACAAUUAUUUACUGCACUGCUACGGAUGCUAGCAAACCUAAUUAGAAAAGACAACGUCGGACCUUAAUUCUGUUUAUACAUACAUACGUACACAUGUAUGUGUGUAUACAUAUAUGUAUAUAUAAAACACGGCUGGAGGUGCUCGCUUGAUAUAAUAAAGUUACACAGAUUUAUGUAUGACAAUAACGCCCCCACCCCCCACCCCCAGAGAGACUGUCCGUAUUUUUGUCGGUUUUUAUUUAUUAUCCUUUAUUAUCUCAUCGCAGUAUCCCCACCCCCCUCGCCCAUUUUAGUUUUUUUUUUUUUUUUUUACCCCCUCCUCUCUCCUUUAUUAAUCGUUUUUAUUAACAGGAAGCUGCAUCACCGAUUUUCCCCAAAACUUCGUUUUUAACACGUCGCAAUUAGCGAUUACCUUAAUUCCUAACUUCACCCCUCAUGUUAUACUUGUACCCGUGUUACUUUAAAUUCGCAAUCUCUCUUAUCAUUGAUAUCACGUUUUAACCAUUAAUUUAUUCGUUAUUAUCGCCUUUAGAUAUUUACUAUAACUGUUAUAAGAAUAAACGACGGAAAAAAAAAAAUAAAUAAAUAAAUUUAAAAAAA